AUGGUAGAUGAGAGCGGCAAUGAAGAAGUCUCAGUAGAUGAUCUUGUCGUGUCAAUGACAUGUACACCAACAUCUGAGCGCGAUAUGUAUGCCGAUGAUGUGAAGGGCAAGGCUAGUGGGAGUGUUUUGGACACCAGAGAAGAGUUGAUCAAAGAGGAAGGCUCUUCUACUGGUGGUUCAACAGGGUUCCUCUCGCCUGGUUCGGCUGGCACAGCAACUAUUGCCGUCAUAAAGGCAACUCUGGGAGCUGCGGCUCUUUCGUGUACUUAUGCGAUGGUCAAUGGUGGUUUUAUCUUCGGCAUCCUUCUACUAAUCAUGAUGGCUGUGUUGAUGGUGUUUUCAUUAGAAAUGAUUGUUACUGCAAUGGAAGUUACUGUAACGCGAUUGGUUAUUGGUUCCAAGCCCCUAUUAUGA